AUGGCUUCACGAUUGUUCUUACGGCAGGCAUGUGGCUUUGCUCCCGUAGCCACCGGGGUCGUCGUCGCUGGGGUAGCUCUGUUCCCCAAGACUACUUUGCACGCAGAGUCUCCCGAGGGGCCAGAAUCCAAAAAGCCAAUAUAUGAUGACUUCGAGGAUACGCCAGCUGCCCCCACGUCGACCGACCGUUCCACGAUCUCGAAGAAGUCAAACCACCCAACACCAACCGAUCGUCUAGCCGUUAAAAUAGGAAAGACGCGCAUGUUCCUACAUGCGCACGUCGCGGCAGCUGAAAGCAAAGUGAACGAGGUUAUGGAUUCAGCGCUGGGUCUAGAGCAGAGCUUUACAAGCACAAUCGCUUCCCUAGCACCAUCGCCUCAAUCCGGGGAGAAACUUUUGCCAGGAGCUUUAUACGUGCUUAUUGGCGCUAUGGCUGGUAGCAUUGUUUCUCGAAAUCGGAAUAUUAUGUUGAGGGCUGCGGUACCGGUUGCGGUGGGCAUCGGGGCGGGGUGGGUUGUGCUGCCCGUUACUAUGCGGAAUAUCUCGGAUCUGGUAUGGAAAUAUGAACAGCGGUUCCCGGCGAUAGCGGAUGGCCACAUGAGAACGAGAGAGGGGAUUGAGAAGGCAUGCAGGAUGGUGAAGGUUCAUUCCCAGCAAGCUGUUGAUAUUGUGGAUGAUAAAGUUAGCUCGGGCCGGGAGGUUGUCGAGGGCUGGGUCAAACAGGGCAAAUGA